AUGAGUUCUAGAUCUGGCAGUCUAUCUGGCACCACCUUGACGAGCAAACCUUCCACUGCUUUCUCCGCGUCGUCGUCUGCUUCUCCUCCAGGUUCACGCUUGCUGUUUGGCGAGAUCAACAGCUCUUGCAACCAAUCAUUCAGAAGUGCUCGCUCAACAUGCGGAUUGAUACUUUGCCCAAACCCUUCAUUGCUUGAAUUCUGGAAUACGGCUGCAUGUCGAGAGGCACUCCUUCAUAUGCUGUCACGCUCAGACAUGUCAGCAUUGCGCUCAGUGUGCCAUGGAAUCAGUGAGCGUGUGACCGUGGAGGCAUUCUCUUCUAUCAACAUUACCUUCCGAACCAGAACUUUCAGUAAAUCGGCAAGACUUUCAGCUCUGCAGAGAAUUGGUCGUCAUAUCAGAGAAGUGACUUUCCGAUUGCCCAGGGGUCUAGAAGCUACAUUGCCGCCGCUGAUCGACCCUUGGACUGGAGAACAAAAAGAGUUCGCGUGGAAACCGUCUUGUGCCCAAGGCCAUGACACAACAUCCAAGAACAAGGAGUCGAGAUACGGUGAUACAGAAACCACAGAGUUGCUGAUCAGACAAUACCCACCUCUCUUUCACGCAGCUACGAACUUUCAGUCUUUCGCCCAAGCGAUGUCUUACUUGUCGAGCCUGGAGCAUCUGAAGGUAUCUUGCCCGGGAACUGUUGGGCAGGAUACUCAGUCACGGGGAACCGAUAUCACGGAGAUUGUGGUCACAUCUCUUCGCCUCGCUGUUGAACAAGCCAAGCUCAAGCAUCUGAACACCUUGACCUUAUCACACGUCUAUCAUACCGAUAUCAUGGCUCUAUCACCUCUGGCAAUGGGCUCACAUCCAGGCUCCGCCAGACGCUGGUCCAACGUCCGUGUACUGGACAUAAGCAUGUACUCUCCACCUCCUUCACAAGCCAAUAGCGACCAAGUCAAACUCCUUCGCGAAUACAUCCGUGGCUUCAAAGCGCUUCGGAAAUUCUCAUUCCGCUGGUCAGGCGCAAGAGGACCAUCGCCACUGCCUGACAUCCCGGCAGAGCAGAAACACACACAUCCAGCUUUGCGAACCGCAUCCUCUUGUGCGCCAAUCUUCCCGAAUCUAGAAUACCUGUCCAUCAACAAUGCAAUCAUGUCAGCUCCACAAGUCGUCCUCUUGAUCAAAAGACACAGAUCCACGCUCAUCGAAGUUGAUCUCGAGAAUGUCGUUCUGAAGAAUGGUACAUGGCAAGAUGCUCUGGGAAGUCUGGAAGGCGUGGACAUCAAGACAAACAUUCCUCUCAUUGCCGAAGAAGGAGACGUACCCAUUAUGCUCGCACCCAGUAUGAUGAAGCCUCUACCUCUGGCUCCAUCUCCAACACUAUCUCAGUCCAAAGGCCAAGCAAGGUGUCCCAGGACAUAG